CCCCUCCCUCUCUCUCUCCCCCUCUCUCCCCCUCUCUCCCCGCUGUUGGGUCAGUGAAGCUGCCCCCGUGGCUGAGGGUUCAGUUCCAUCAUCGCCGAUGGAGGAGAUGUUGAAGAGUGAGCCCGAGGACCUGGAGGAUUAUUACACUAUCCUGGGCUGCGACGAGCUGUCCACGGCAGAACAAAUCCUCGCUGAGUUUAAAACGAAGGCACUUGAAUGUCAUCCAGACAGGCAUCCUGAAAACCCAAAAGCAGUGAAACAGUUUCAAAAGUUGCAAGAAGCUAAGGAAACCCUGACCGAUGUAAAGAGGCGAACUCGCUAUGACUUCUGGUACCGCAGUAGGAUUGCAAUUUCAUUUCAUCAAUGGGAAGCUCUGAGCGAUGCUGUAAAAACAUCCAUGCACUGGGCUGUAAGAAGCAAGAAAGAACCAAUGCUGGAGGGACCUUCUGCAGACUCUGAAGCCUCCACAAAGAGAGGGGAACAAAUGCAACCACCAGAGGAAGAAAUUUGUGAAGGUUCAACUCAUAAAAUGGAACCCACUAAUUUAGAUGGAGCUGGAACGAAAGAGAAGAGGUGGGAAGACGAUGAUCCACAUUCUCCAAGUAGUCUCACCUCACCAAGCAUAUCUGAUGCAAAUUACUGCCAUUACCAUUUCCGUUGUUCUGCAGAUGCACCUUCAGAACUGCUACGAAAAUUCAGAAAUUAUCAAAUCUGAAAAUAGUUGAGUAAAGUUCUGUCAAAAUGUUUAUCAAUACUAUACGUAUCUCUCUUUGCACUUGGAUGUUGCGUGGACUGCUCUUUGUUACGUGUCUGUCAUAGAAUUGGGCAUUUUGAAAGUACAACUUUCUAUUCUAGAGAACUAAAAAUUCUGACGUGAAACCGAGUGCUAAAUUGUUAGACAAAACUAUUUUACGAGUAAAGAAAAUAACACUCUUUACUAUAUAUACAUCUUAAGAUAUUGUACUUUUGUUGCUGCAGUAUCAACUUUAAAAUCCUCAUCCUAGACUUCAAAUACUUCAACGGCCAUAUCCCAUCCUACCUCUGAUCUCCCGCAAUCCUACUCCCCUGAUUACUCCUUCUGCUGUGUUAAUUGUUGCCUACUUCAUGCCCACACUGACUCCACCCCACAAUCAACGGGUGUGCGUCUAUGCUGGUUUCCCUCUUUUCCCCCACAUCCAAUAUCUGUAACGCUCUUUCAAAAUUCCUUCAUCUCAGCCUUGCCCUCUCUACUUUGAAAAUCUGUUUAAAGACCUACCUCUUUGACUACAAGCCAUCUCCAUCUCUCUCCUAGCUCGGGCUUCUAGUCUGUCUUUCUAAAGCGCUUUGAGAUGUUCUUCCUAUUUGAAAGGUACUAUUGCAAGUGCAAAUUGUGGUUGUAACGAAAUAUUACUAGCUGUACUCACAAAGCUGUAUAUUGUUGAUUUUUAAACUUUGUGAUGUAUGUAUGUGUCUAUCGUUCCUUUUUUGGGAGUUCCACUCUGAUCAUUAAGGUUAUUGAAUCCUAUAAUGCGCACUUAGAAUGGAAGGAAUAUUAUAGUGGGAAAUAUUUAAUUCUUAAAUUGCAACUGUUCAGUCAGUUAUUUGCCCUUGAUUAAGUUAUUUACUUUUUAUUAUUUCUGUGUAUUGUACAGCAUUAAAAAAAAUGCAAAUAUCAGUUUGAACCUGUUUUGUGAUAAUUUUGCAGUGCCUUACUCAGAUAAACUUGGAGUAUCAUGUACAGUUCUAGCUGCUGAUACAUAAGGGAGGGAGACAUCCAGGCCCUAAAGGUAAUGUAGAGGAAAGCAACAUGUUUGAUUUCCCUUUUGCAGGAUGAGCUAUGAGAAACCCCAACUAGAUAAGGUAGACCUCUUGAGCCUUGAAACAAUAUGUCUCCAAGGGGUACUGCAGAAAAGUAUAAUGAAAUUGAGAAAGUGAAUCUGAAACAGGGAAGUAGCACAAGAGAGCGCAAUUUCAGGAUUGUACAUAGCUGAUUUAGGACAGAUCCCCAAAAGCAUUUCAACUAUAGCAAUCAACUGCUGGAACCAGUUACCAAGAAGGGUGGUCGCAGCUAAGAUCCUGGACUCAUUUAAGAAAAUUGCUUGACACUUAUGGAAAGAUAAUAAAAAUGAUAUUCUGCAAGGAUGAAUUCAUGAGAGCUGUAGAAUUUUCUUUGUCUGAACCAAUCUUGUGGUUUUGUAAUUGAUCAACACAUAAUGCAAUUCUAUAUUAUAUACAAGUCUGUUGUUUCCAAAUCAUCAUCCCAAUUUUUAAAUUGUCUCUGUGACCUUAUGAUGCAGGUGAAUGUAAAAGUACUGCCGUUUGCUGUUUCAAUAAAAAAAAAUUCCCUUCU